CUAAGAUUCUCACAGAGGACCCUGGGAUUUCUGCAUUCUGAGCAAUGUCAGGUGCCAUGGACUUGUUCUGAGACCCUUGCCCUAGAGGAUGGCCAAGGGGCUCCUGGUGACCUAUGCCCUCUGGGCUGUAGGGGGCCCUGCUGGGCUCCAUCACCUGUACCUGGGAAGGGACAGUCACGCCCUGCUUUGGAUGCUUACCCUGGGGGGAGGUGGGCUGGGCUGGCUCUGGGAGUUCUGGAAGCUCCCCAGUUUUGUAGCUCAAGCCAACAGAGCCCAGGGGCAGAGGCAGAGCCCAGGAGGAGGGACACCCCCUCUGAGUCCCAUUCGCUUUGCUGCCCAGAUAAUAGUGGGCAUCUAUUUUGGCCUUGUAGCUCUGAUUAGCCUUUCUUUCAUGGCCAACUUCUACACUGUGGCCCUCCCACUUGCAGUUGGCUUAGGCGUCUUGCUGGUGGCUGCUGUUGGCAACCAGACCUCAGACUUUAAGAACACUCUAGGGGUGGCAUUUCUUACGUCCCCUAUCUUCUAUGGCCGCCCCAUAGCCAUCCUACCCGUCAGCUUGGCUGCCAGCAUCACAGCCCAGAAGCAUCGCCGCUACAAAGCUUCAGUGGAGUCAGAGACUCUCAGCCUGCGGCUCUACCGGCUGGGCUUGGCUUACCUCGCUUUCACAGGCCCGCUGGCGUACAGCGCCCUCUGCAACACAGCUGCCACCCUCAGCUACGUGGCAGAAACCCUCGGCUCCUUUCUGAGUUGGUUUAACUUCUUCCCCCUUGUCGGCCGCCUCAUGGAGUCUGUCCUUCUUCUGCCUUACCGGAUCUGGAGGCUGCUGGUGGGGGAUCCUGGCUUCAGCAAUAGCUAUUUCCAGGAGUGGGAGAAGCUCUAUGAGUUUGUUCAGAGUUUUCAGGAUGAGAAGCGUCAGCUGGCUUACCAGGUUUUAGGCCUCUCGGAAGGGGCAACACGUGAAGAAAUACAUCGGAGUUAUCAAGAGCUAGUAAAGGUCUGGCACCCAGACCACAACCUGCACCAGACAGAGGAGGCACAGAGGCACUUCCUGGAGAUCCAGGCGGCAUAUGAUGUCCUGAGUCAACCCAAGAAGCCCAGGGGAUCUUGAAGGUGAGAAGAAAUUUCCACCUGAAGAUGGAUUUUUCCUAGCAGAGCUGGACAACUUGUCCUGUCUAGCUUUGUCCACGAGGGGCAUCCCAGCAGCAUUACAGAAACUGCUUACAGUGG